UAGGGUUCUUCGGGCUCUUCGAUGCGAUGGAAGAGGACGGUGCAAGAGAUUGCGAGCCUGCUCCAGAGCGGGCGCCCCUGGCCGCAGCUGGAGUCUGAUCUCGUCCCCUAUGCCUGCUACGAGACGACGCCAUCGAACGUCGUCGGGAGCGUCGUGCGGCGGCUACGCGAUCCCGAUGUGGCGCUCGCAUUCUUCCGUUGGGCCGCCGAUACGAUCCCCAGGUUCUUCCACACCAGAUUCUCCUCCGGCUGCCUCAUCUAUCUCCUCACGCGAUCGGGUAGGGCUCGAGAGGCGCGCCAGAUUCUCGAGUCGUGCCCCAGCGAUGCAUUCUCCCACAACAUGGUCAUCUCUUGCUACUGCAAGGCCGGGGAUCUCGUCGCGGCGCUGGAAAUCGUGGCAAGAAUGGUGGAUUCCUCGUUCCAGCCCGACGAGUACUCCCAUCUCCCGAUAAUCUCCGCGCUGUGCAAGGCCGGGGACGUAAGCGCCGCGGUGGGAUACUUUCGACUGUGGGACUCGCCGCUCAUCGCCGCGAUCUACACAGUGCUCGUCUCCUCCAAGUGCAAGCAUGGCAUGGCCGACGAUGGCUACGAGCUUGCCAUGGAGAUGAUCGCUCGGGGCUGCUCGCUCGACUUUGACACCUCCAAUGCCGUCGUCCAGGCGCUCUGUGAGGCUGGAAGAUCCGGCACUGCGCAAGAGUUUGUGAGGCUGCUGGCCCGGCGGUCCGGCUGCGCUGCUCCGGCUCUCUCGAUCUUUAGCUCCUCGCUGGUGAAGUGCUACUCGCGGCAGGAGAGGUUUGCCGACGCUCGAAAGUGGCUGAGGGUGAUGAGAGUCGAGGGUGUCCAGCCGACGGUGGUCAUGUACACGGUGCUUGUGGACGCUCUUUGUCGAGCUGGACGAUCGAGCGAAGCCAGCGACGUUGUCGACGAGAUGGAUCGAACAGGUUGCCCGCCAAACUCUGUGACUUUCAACGCGCUUGUUAACGGGUUUUCUAAGCAGGGAAGGCCGGGUGACUGCGAGAGGCUUCUGGAAACGAUGGCUGCCAGGGAUAUCCAGCCCAACGUUGUGAGCUACAACGGUUUGCUCGAGGGACUUUGCAAGCUAGAAAGGUGGCACGAAGCCGAAGAGCUAGUCCGAGAUAUGAUCUCCAGGGGCGGGAGGAGUACUCCGGAUAUGGUAACGUAUAGCACUCUUCUAUCCGGGUACUGCAAGGCAGGGAAGGUGGAAGAAAGCCGGGAACUCCUCAAGGAGGUGAUCUCGAGAGGCCUCCGGCCGGAUGCCUUGAUGUACACUAAGGUUGUGGCGUCGCUGUGCAAGUCCGCGAGGCUUGGAGAGGCGCUGGAGCUACUAGAGGAGAUGAUCCGCGCAGGUUGCUGUCCGACUCUCAUUACUUUCAACACACUGAUCAGCGGUUGCUGCAGGGAAAAGAACCUGGAGAUGGCUGAUUCUCUACUCCAAAAGAUGGCCGCGAGCGGUGUUAAGGCCGAUGUUGUGACUUACAACACGCUCAUGGACGGGCUAUGCAAAGCCGGGAGGUUCUCCGAGGCUCAGGAGCUGCUGCACACGAUGAGCAAGACGGCGAAUCUCUUCACGUACACGUCCGUCAUCCAUGGCUUCUCCAAGUUCGGAAGGCUUCAAGAGGCCGAGCAGCUGCUCGAGCGCAUGAAGGCCUCGGGCUGUGCUCCGGACGUGGUUGCGUACAGCAGUUUCGUUUACGGCCUUUGCAAGUCCGGCAAGGUCCUGGACGCUCAUCAGGUUCUAGAGCAGAUGCGAGACAGCCACCACGACCCCAACGUAGUGACUUACAACACCAUCCUCGACGGGCUGUGCAAGUCUGGGAAGAUCGACACUGCGCUGGAGAUGAUGGAACAGAUGGCUUCCAGCGACGGGUGUGGGCUCAACGUAGUGGGAUACAGCACGGUGGUGGACGGGCUUUGCAAGCUGGGAAGAACGCAGGAGGCCAGGAGCGUGAUGGAAGCCAUGGCUAGAGCAGGGUGCCGCCCCGACGUGGUGACUUACAGCAGCCUGGUGAACGGGCUAUGCAAGGCGGGGAAGAUCGAGGAGGCCGUGGAGGCUGUCCGGGAGAUGGCGAUGGAGGGAUGCAAGCCAAACGCUGUGACUUACUGCUCGCUGGUUCACGGGCUUUGUAGCUGCGGCCGGCUCGCCGAGGCCGAGAGGAUGGUGGAGGAGAUGAGCAGCGGCGGCGGCGGUGGACAUCACUGUCCGCCGAGCGUCUCGACUUACAACGCGCUCAUCGGUGGGCUGUGCAAGGCGGGGCGCAUCGAUGAUGCUCUCAAGUUCUUCCAGAGGAUGAGGAGCCAAGGCUGUGAUCCGGAUGGCGUGAGCUACAGCACCAUUGUGGAGGGUCUCGCGAGAUCAGGGAGAGCGCUCCAAGCCGAGAUGAUCUUGAGCGAGGUGCGAUAGAGAACUCACAUUUUAAAAAACCAACCUUUAGAAGAUUUUCAA